AGCCAGCCGCGCUCUUCAGAGCUGACUUGUGAAGGAGAAACAAUCAAUAGCUCCUCUAGGUGUAUGGCCCCGAGAAGGAUACAACCGCUGUCUGGGCCGAUAAAAUUGGAGGUAUCAUGGGACGAUCGCGCGAUUCUCAUGGGAAGCAGCAACGAUGUUGGUGGCGAUCGCGCUAUAGCUCAUUGCAGAGCCGACAGUCAAGAUUCGACUUUGAAUCGCUCACCGAAUGUCAGCUCCUGGUCAGGUGGAACCAUCGCUUGUGGCUUGCCUGCACGUUCAGACCGCUCAUGAGGAACUUUGGUGCAGAAGGCGAGGUGCAGACGCAGGUCACAGGGCUGAGGGCUGUGCAAGCCACAAUCUGCACGUGAAUCUGCGACCUAGUCAUCCGACCAUUAAAGCCGACAACCAGGCUAGCGUGGCAGCUGUGCCCAGGCACCUCGCCACACACAGCCACCGCGCCACAAGCAUAGCAAGAGUAUUGAGUUUUCUUUUUGCUCUGCAGGCAGUCUUCAAAUCCCGACUAAGUUCUGAAAUGGAGAGUCAAAAGAGCUCGACUUCAAGUGCAAGCAGUAUCCUGCGAGGGCACUGGCAGACCCGAGCGCUCAUCGUACAUUCACGCCACCUUCAGGGAUGAUCCAGAUUGUCCACCCUGAUCGCGGCUUAAAGAGAGCACAGUAUAUCCUUGCAGGCUUCCACGCAACACGUCAUGUUCAAUGUCCAGGACGCUGAAGAAUGGGUCGGCCUAGAAGAUGACGGCCGACAUCCAUGAGGAGACAUGCGACAUCCCGAGUCAUGCAGAGCUCCUCUACGGUCUUCCAUGUGCCAAACACGACUUGAUGGCAACCCAUUCUCACGCGUUGGGAUGCCUGCAAAACUGUAUGAUCAAAGCAGAUCAGAAUCGCUGUUCCCAACGCCACCACCGCCCUCAAUCAGAAACAACCCUGCAGCCAGAUGGCGCGCUUGCACAUCACGACCACAGGAGCACUCGGAGAAGCCGGUCAUGAGCUGGAUCAGUUGGUCCGAUGACACUGACCUCAGUCCGAACAAAACUGCUCUCAUCCAGUAGGAGCUUUAGACAACGACGUGACUGCAACAGAUGAGUAAAAAGGCACACAUCUGUGUUUGCACGUUGAAUUUGAUUGGAACCCGACUUGCUUUGGCCAGCAACCAUAUCCAUAUAUGUUGGGACCGCUCAACCAGGAUCAUGAUGGCGAAUAUUUAUGAUGCUUUGACUAUUCGCCAUCAUGAUCAUCUAGACUACGGGCCUCUGCUUUGAUCAUUACUGUGACAGGAGAAUCUAGACACCACAGCGGCACACGUGAACAGUUGAUUCUGCAUAACAAAGCCGCCACGGUGGAGUGUGGCGCUGACUUCGCUAUCAAGUCCGUGCAAAUCCUUUGCGUCUACUCCAUACACAGAGAGUGGCUAGAAAAUCAUCGUCGCUAACACAGUAGUUCAUAUGGUGGAACUUCCUUCCGAACAGCAGCCACCGGAGCUUCACUCCGACCGGGGGUUAGCUGACUUUUUCUACCAAAUCAACGUCCGGUCCCGGUUCUACUAAAAUGCCACCUCAAGUGGCGCGCAAAGGCCUUGAAUACUUGGUACGUGGUACGAGUCCUCCGUUCACCUCACCUAAUGUCAACCUGAGCGAGGCGAGGAUAAUCAUUCCUCCAUUGAGCUCAGCCUGAUUUUACCCCUGACGGCACCGAACCGCGGCUACUGGGCCGAUUCAGCCUUUGUGUUCGAUCUCAACA